CCAGGGAUUGGCGGAGGAAAUAAAAGAUGAGCUGGCCACCCGGGACGCUCCCAAGAACCUGGCUGAACUGGAGGUCCUCGCUACGCGGAUCGAUCUCCGGUUACAGGAGUGGCAUGGGGAGAGGAGGUUUCUUCGCCGGAAUCGCCAAUCCGAAACCUGGAGCAAGCCGGCACAUGACCCGCCCACUUCCGCUUCCGGUUCAGCCUCCCUUUCUGACGUCGGGGAACCCAUGCAGCUUGGUCGGACCCGUCUAUCCCUCACAGAGAAAGAAAGGCGGUACAAGGAAGGACUGUGUUUUUAUUGUGGCGGGAUGGGGCACAUCGCUCACCGGUGUCCAGUAAAAAGACCAGACCCAGUAGGAGAUACAAGGAGCCUACUGAGUCAACGGCAGUCAUCGGAGACCUCGGAUACAUCCCGGCAAUUCAUUGUGGAGGUUGACGCAUCUAACACCGGCAUAGGGGCAGUUCUCAGCCAGAGGCCGGGGAGCAAAAAUGUGAAGCCGGAUGCCCUGUCUCGGAUCCAUGAUUCCCAGGAGGACGACCACAUUGAGGAUCAACCAGAGUACAUCCUGCCGCCCUCCGUUCGUUUGUUCGUGACCAGGACCGAAAUCGAGCAGUUGGUGAUGGCGUCACAUCAGCAACACCCGGUACCAGCUCAGUGUCCCAGAGACCGCCUUUUUGUUCCUGGACAGCUGGUCUCUGAUGUCCUGUCCUUCUGCCAUAACUCACGCCUGUAUUGUCAUCCAGGGGUCAGCAAGACGUUGUCUGUGGUUCGUGAUCGGUUCUGGUGGGGCAAGCUGGCUAGGGAUGUCAAGGACUAUGUGCUGGCCUGUCGGCACUGCUGCCAGGCAAAGUCUUCUCGUCGUCCGCCUAUGGGGUUGCUGCGUCCGUUGCCCAUACCUAAUCGGCCCUGGUGA